AAUUUUAAUGCAAUUGUUCUCAACUUUGAUGACCAACACUGGAGCAUUCACGUCCCUAUUUUAAUGCCCUCUUAUCUUCUCAGCUCAAAGUUUCCUUUAAACCGAGAACUCACCUCCACCGUCCGUUCCCUCCCAUCAUGAUCAUGGAAUGACCGGAAUGAUGAUCCAGAGCCUAACAUAUUACCUAUCGGAGCACCCAUCCAUCGUCGGGUUCCGCUGGAGUCACUCCCAAUCCUGGGGCUCCACGUGGUCCUUCCUCUUCACCUCCAUAUCCUCCUACCUCAUUCUAUCCCUCCUCCUCCACCUCUUCCUCCUCCUCGUCCGCCGUCACCGACCCAUCCCACUCGGCCCCAUCCCAGCCCUCCACAGCCUCUCCAUGUCCCUCCUCUCCGCCACCAUCUUCGCCGGAGCCCUCCUCUCCGCCGCCGCCGAGAUCCGCGACACCCGCUGGUUCUGGCGGCGUUCCAAGACCCCCUUCCAGUGGCUCCUCUGUUUCCCACUCGGCACCCGUCCCUCGGGUCGGGUAUUCUUCUGGUCCUACAUCUUCUACCUCUCUCGGUUCCUCCACACAACCCGAACGUGCUUCACAAUUGUUCGUCGUCGAAAACUGUCACUCUCUCAGCUCUUCAACCACUCCAUUCAGAUCUUCAUCUCCUUCCUGUGGCUUGAAUUCUCGCAAUCGUUUCAGGUUCUGGCGAUUCUGUCGACGACGUUGGUGUAUUCGGUUGUGUACGGGUACGAGUUCUGGACCGCAAUCGGGCUUCCGAGUGCUUGUUUUCCGUUUGUGGUGAGUUGUCAAAUUGUGCUUCUGGGUUGCAAUUUGUUGUGUCAUGUCGGGGUGCUUUUGUUGCACUUGAUGAAAGGUGGGUGUAAUGGGAUCGGGGCUUGGGUCUUCAAUUCAGUGCUCAACUCUUUGAUUCUGAUGCUUUUCUUGAAGUUCCAUGUGAAGAUGCAUCUCAUGAAGAAGAGGAAGGUAGCUCAGAACAAAGAGGAGACGAGUAUUUGAUUGGUGUACCGAUUUUUAUUUUUUUUAUUUUUUGUUUUUAUGUUUUUUUGUAUAUGGUCAUUCAAUUGAAUUAUUAUUAUUAUUAUUUUUUUCGGAAGGUAAUUUAAUUAAA